UCUUUCAGAUCCUCUGCCUAUUAGCUCAUUUUUGUUCUCUAAUUGUCCCUUUCACCUUUUCUGAUUCUGCCUUUGUCGUCUGGCUGGCCCUUCCUGCGUCUCACUCCUGUCACAUUCUGCAGAUCUCAUUCUUCACCGGCUCUCGCUUCUCUAAAGAUUUCCAUCUCACCUUCUUUCUUGUCUACUUCUAUUUUAUUCUGUCUCAUUUUUCUCCCACACCUUUUUAUAUUGAUAUUUUCGAUAUAUUUCCACCUUACAAUUCUUCCCCCCCCCUGUUCUUUUGUCUUUUCUCAUUUCAGUACACUUAUCCUACACCACUCUCUCUUGUCAUCUGCAACCUCUCUCUUCCCUUCCUAUCUCUCCCUCUUUCACAUCUUGACUUUGCUAUCCUGGUAAUGAUAUCCCAGUCAGGCUCAGACCCGCACUGCUAUUACAGCCUCUAGCUCUUCCUUAGGUCCCUAUGUCUAAUCCCCGAUCCUCCUCCUCCCCCCACAUCCCUGAGGUCACCAUGUUCAGACGCAGCAAGAGUUGCAGAAGCAGCAACCGGAAGAGUCUAAUUCUUACAAGCAGCAGCUCUCCUACACUUCCACGUCCACAUUCACCUCUUCCGGGGCAUAUAGGUGGCAGCCCCAUGGACAGCCCACGGAAUUUUUCUCCCAGUGCUGCUGCCCACUUUUCCUUUGCAUCCUCUCGCAGUAGGACAGAUGGCCGCCGCUGGUCUUUGGCCUCCCUUCCUUCAUCUGGAUAUGGAACAAAUACCCCAAGUUCUACUGUUUCUUCCUCUUCAUCUUCUCAAGAACGCCUGCACCAGCUUCCCUUCCAGCCCACACUAGAUGAGCUGCACUUCCUCUCCAAACACUUUGGCAGUACGGAGAGCAUCCCUGAUGAUGAUGGAGGUCGCAGGUCACCGGCAGUCAGACCCAGAUCCCGCAGCUUGAGUCCUGGCCGAUCUCCUUCCUCCCAUGACAAUGAAAUUGUGAUGAUGAAUCAUGUAUACAAAGAGCGGUUUCCCAAGGCCACAGCACAGAUGGAGGACAGACUUCGCAUGUUUAUCUCAAACUUCUCUCCUGAGAACGUGUUGCCAUUGGCUGACGGAGUCCUGAACUUCAUUCACCAUCAAAUUGUGGAACUAGCGAGAGACUGUCUAAGCCGGAGCACCGAGGGGCUAAUCACAAGCGCUUAUUUCUACCAGCUCCAAGAUAACCUGGAGAAACUUCUGCUGGAUGCAGUGGAACGUUCUGAAGGUACAGAGGUUGCCUUUAUUGCUCAGCUGAUGAAGAACCUGCUGAUCAUCAUCUCUCGGCCGGCCCGCCUGCUUGAGUGCCUGGAGUUUAAUCCUGAGGAGUUCUAUCACUUGCUGGAAGUGGCUGAGGACCAGGUGAAAGAGGGAAACCUAAAGACAGACAUUCCCCAAUAUAUCCUACGCCAACUGGGCCUAACCCGUGAUCCCUUUCCAGAGGUGGCAACCCCCGAGGAGCUGGUCUGUGUGGAAUCCCAUAUCACGGAGAGUGAGGAUACAUCAGAGGGAAAAGGUGGAGCAGUCUCUAAACCCAUAAAAGCCCCUGAAGAGAGUGACUUUGAAAACAUAAAAUUGAUCAGUAAUGGAGCAUAUGGUGCUGUAUAUCUGGUGCGUCACAGAGAAACUCGUCAACGGUUUGCUAUGAAGAAGAUAAACAAGCAAAAUUUGCUUCUGAGAAACCAAGUGCACCAGGCCUUUGUAGAGCGAGACAUACUGACUUUUGCACAGAAUCCAUUUGUGGUCAGCAUGUUCUGCUCCUUUCAGACCCGUAGGCACCUCUGUAUGGUCAUGGAAUAUGUGGAAGGGGGAGACUGCGCCACUCUUCUAAAGCACAUUGGUGCGCUACCACUGGAGAUGGCGCGAUUAUAUUUUGCAGAGACAGUACUCGCUCUGGAAUACCUACAUAAUUAUGGAAUUGUGCAUCGGGAUCUUAAACCAGACAAUCUUCUUAUCACUUCAAUGGGGCAUGUCAAACUAACAGAUUUUGGCUUGUCCAAGAUGGGGCUCAUGAACCUGACCACUAAUUUGUAUGAGGGACACAUUGAGAGCGAAGCCAGAGAGUUCCUGGACAAACAGGUUUGUGGGACGCCUGAGUAUAUUGCUCCAGAAGUGAUUCUACGUCAGGGUUAUGGGAAGCCUGUAGACUGGUGGGCCAUGGGCAUCAUCCUUUAUGAAUUUCUGGUGGGCUGCGUCCCUUUCUUUGGGGACACUCCUGAGGAAUUGUUUGGUCAGGUGAUCAGUGAUGACAUUGUUUGGCCAGAGGGGGAAGAAGCUCUUCCAGCAGAUGCCCAACAUCUAAUCUCAAGCCUUCUGCAAACCGAUCCUCUACUCAGACUGGGAACCGGAGGGGCAGUUGAGGUGAAAACACAUAGCUUUUUCACUGAUUUGGACUGGAAUGGAUUACUCAGACAGAAAGCUGAAUUUAUUCCCCAUCUGGAAGCUGAAGAUGAUACUAGCUACUUUGACACACGGUCAGAUCGGUAUCAGCACAUAAACUCAUACGAUGAAGAUGAUACAAACGAUGAAGACUCUGUUGAAAUCAGACAAUUCUCUUCCUGCACCUCAAGGUUUAGUAAGGUGUACAGUAGUAUGGAGCAGCUUUCCCAACUUGAGCAGAAACCUCCCACUCCUCCUCGAGACUCCAGCAAGCAAGAAAGGUCUGAGAGAACCACCAAAAGAGAGACUCUGGGGGGAGUCACACUACGAGACCGCUGCUGGAGGACUGUGUCUCCUGAAAUGAAGCACUUCUCAGACACAGCUGAAGCUGACUCCAGUCCCCCAUUGGCUGCUAGACGGCGUUUCUCUGCCUUGGUGGAUACAGCUCGCUUUGUGGCUCCCUUGGAGGCUGAGAUGGAAUUCAGAAUUAGGAGCAGUAGUGGAUCACAUAUAGGACUGUGCAAAAUCCCUCUGGGAGAGCUGGAGGCAGACAAAUCCGCAGACUCCCAUCCCCCCCAGGACUCUGACACCUCCCCUCGUGCCACAAAUGACCUUGUUCUGCGCAGAGCGCGUCAUCAACAUCUUUCUGGGGACAGUGAACGAAGGAGGACAGGGGGGAAGGUCAUCAAAUCAGCAUCCACCACAGCUCUUUCUGUCAUGAUACCAACAGUUGAACAGCACAGUAGCUCUCCCUUGGUGAGUCCCAUGUCCCCACGGUCUCUCUCAUCUAACCCAUCUUCACGGGACUCCUCUCCCAGCCGUGACUACACCCCAGCAGUGAGCAGCCUCCGUUCCCCUAUCACCAUCCAGCGAUCUGGAAAGAAGUACGGCUUCACCCUAAGAGCUAUUCGAGUGUACAUGGGUGAAAGUGAUGUCUACAGUGUACAACAUAUUGUCUGGCAUGUGGAAGAAGGAGGCCCUGCACAUGAGGCCGGUCUGUGUGCCGGGGACCUCAUCACACAUGUUAAUGGAGAGGCUGUUCAUGGCUUAGUACACACAGAGGUGGUGGAACUAAUUCUGAAGAGUGGUAAUAAGGUCCUGGUCACUACCACACCUUUUGAGAACACAUCAAUCAGAACCGGUCCAGCCAGGAGAAGCAGCUACCGAGCCAAGAUGGCCAGGAGAAGCAAGAGGAAUACAGCCAGGGAAGGACAGGAGAGUAAGAAGCGCAGUUCUCUGUUCCGUAAGAUCACAAAGCAGUCUAACCUGCUUCACACAAGCCGCUCUCUCUCCUCUCUCAGCCGCUCCCUUUCCUCCAGUGACAGUCUCCCAGGAUCUCCUACGCACAGCCUCUCCGCACGAUCCCCCACUCACAGCUACCGCUCCAUGGAUUCUGCUUACUUAGGUGCUUCUUCACAGGGCAGUUCUCCUUCCUCAAGUACCCCUAACUCUCCUGCUCCUCCCCCUCCUCCCACCUCUUCUGCUUCAACAUCUUCCACAUCUUCCUCCCCUGCACCACCAUCACCCCAUAUCCGCCCAAGCACCCUGCAUGGCCUUUCUCCUAAACUGCACAGGCAAUACCGAUCAGCACGUUGCAAGUCUGCAGGUAACAUGCCACUCUCUCCCCUUGCACACACACCUUCCCCUACCACUGCUUCACCCCCUCUCCUUCCAAGUCACAGUGUUGGGAGUAGUCUAACUACUCAGAGCUUUCCCCCAAAAUUACACCCUUCCCCACCAGUUUCACGUCCACGUCCAAAGAGUGCUGAGCCUCCCCGCUCUCCACUGCUUAAAAGGGUGCAGUCUGCAGAAAAACUUGGAGGUGGGGGAGGUGGUAGUGGUUCACCAAGGAAACAAGAACCAGGAGGGGGAGGACUUGUACAAGAGGGAGAAGUGGCUGAUACAUUGGGGGUUAGAACUCAGGCAGUGAGGAGAGUUGGAAGACAGGAGUCUCCCCGAAGCCUUUGUGUAGGGGAUAGUCUGUUGGGGGAAGGUAUGGAACGGCUUGAAAUGGAGGUAGGCAUGGUGGUAUCACAAGGAGAGGGUCAGAAGAGUGUGGAGAGUAAAAUCCAGGGAGCAGGCAAAGUCACUGUGGCAUCAAGAAGUACUCCCCCCUUCUCUCCCCAGGAGGCCCCUGCAGCUUUACCAUCAACCCUACCUUCACAGAGUGAGCCUUCACAUGCUAUGGUAGGAAGGUGCCAGGUGAAAACACUAAGCCCUGUGCAGGAACAUGAAGGAAGGAGGGGUGAAGGAGAAGAAGGGGGACUAGAGGGAGAUUGUCGUAAAGGGGAAAGAGGGGAAGAUGAUGAAGAGGAAAGAGUGGGUAGAAAGGAACAGUGGUAUCUAGAAGUGGUUGAAGAGCUAACCACAAUGGGUAAAAGUACCCCCCAUGCUACCCUAAAAAGUACUACCAUUCAUCCCACAACAGAUCCAGCAAUCUAUCACAGUUCUUCCUCUCAAUCUGGAAGGGAUAAAGAAACAGAUAUUAAUCAAAUAAAGUACUCUCUUUCUCAUUCAGCAGAGAUGAAGCCUGAUCCUCCCCAUUUGUUAAAGAACAAAAAGAUUGAGGCACAGUCCAUAAAAGGUUCAGACUGUAGUGCAUCGUUGACUGCUUCACUCCCCUGCAAUAGGGUAAAUGAACUAGAUUGUGUCUCCGUAAAAGCUGGUCCUAUUCAGAAUGUAAGUCCAAAGACCUGUCAAGAUAGAAAGGAAAAAGCAACUGAUAAUAAAUGUUUAAAAAAUACUUCACUUUCUGAACCUACAGUAAAAAGCACUGGAAAUUCUCAAAAAAAUCCAUCACAGCAUAGAAUAAAAGAGCUGGAGUCAGCUCUAGUAAAGACUGACCCUGACCAAAUUCUACCUUCUUGUCCUUUUAAGGGUCAGCCUACAAAGGUUGUUGACCCUUCCCAUCCUACAACUGACAGUACCAGAGAAAAUAAUCUUUCAUCUGGGGGAAUAUGUAGACCACAGUCUCUUCCCCCAAUAGGUGAAAUUGUCCCUUUGAUAAAUAUUAGAAUAAAUGGAAAAGAAGGUUCUAUACCUAGGGUAGCUACUGCUCCAACAAUAACUGCAGUGAAUGGAGCAGAAAGUGAACAGACAAAAAGGGGCACUAACAUACAAACUAUUACUAGGGUUAAUGGUUCUGAAAGUGACCAAACAGUGGUAAAUGCUAAUGUCACUACUAGUAACAGGGUAAAUAAAUCAGAAAGUGAACCGGCAAAGCAGGUUACUUCUGCCCCAAUUAAUAUAAGAAUGAAUGGAACAGAAUGUUACCUAACCAAACCAAACUCUGAAACUCCAAAGACUCAUGUGGUAAGUUGUGCAGAAAACAACAAGAAAAGGGUGAACCCUUUAUCACCAACUAAUAAUAGGAUAAGUGGAGUAGCUAGCUGCACAACCUCAUCUUCAACGGAUAGUAGGGUGUCUGAAGCAGAAACUACCCAGGCAAGGUUGACAAACACUAUUCAAAUUAAUAAUGUGGUCCCUGGACUAGCAGGUGAUAAACCAAGGCCCUCUGUUAAUUGUAAUAUGAACAGUUCCCUGGGUGAUAAGCCUAGGACUCCUACUCCAACUAAUGCCACAAAAACUGUGAGUGACCAGUCCAGAGUUAGUUCUACUGUUUUAACUAAUAAUAAGGCUUGUGAGGCAGAGGUUACCAAGAUAAGUGUCUCCUUAAGUAGUAAGAGUGUCAGUGGAGCGGAAAAGGGCCAUACAAGAAUGACCACCUCUCCCCCAGCUAUUAAUCAAGUGACUGAAACAGUGUCUUUACAGAAAAGAGAUCCCUCUCUAUCUGUAAGUAAUGUUAUGUCUCUAGAGGAUGAUUCUUCUAAAAAGUCCCCUAUACCUAUUAGGGUCAGUGGAGCUCAGAGUGGUCAAGAACCAAGUGGAAUGUCUGCUCCCUCCAAAUCUACCAGCUCUCAAGCAGUGCUCCCAACCACAAGUCAACGUCCUUCAUAA